AUGGAGGCCUGGGUCGAGAAUGGCCUCGAGGCAACCAACUACAUCGUCGACCGUCACUUCGAUAAGGGCUGGGAUCGCGUCCGUCGCUAUCGCAACGCCAGCAGGCUCAAGCAUCAGGAGAUCCCCUACUGUUCUUCCCCACGCCACUCCAAGCGCCGCAGCAACCAAGAGGAAGUAGACCGCCCUGACUCAUCAGAUUCCUCCGACGACUCUUCCUCCGACGACGACCGGGUUGGCGAGAGGACACCUGCGGCCACUGCUGUGAGGUCAUCUGCCGCUUUCAGUGGCGCCGCUGCCGCUGCCGCUGCUGCUGCCGUCCCCAGCGCUACCUCAACUACCCGACCCAGGCAGAGAAAUCAGCUGCCCUCCCCCGAGCGCGACCCCUCCAGAGUCAACCGCCGAGACAGCAUCUGCAGUCUACAACAGGAGAGUGAGACCAGCGACCGCAUCCUCCGAGCAUACGAACUCGAGACCGACGACCCAAAGCGCAAUCCAGAAUCCGUCCUGUCAUCCCGAGAUCUGCGCCACCUCAAGUCAGCCUCCCGACGAGAUAGCGCCAUGGCCUCGGCAUACAACGACGACUACGCUCAGUCGCGAUACGACGGCGAACGUCCGCGCUCGCAGCCUCCGCGCAGCAGAUAUUACGACGACGACGACAGCGACUACGACGAGCGCUCGGGUCGCCGUUACGCAGGAGGGAGUGGCCGCGGAUACGACGACCGCGACUAUGAUCGCGUCGUCGAAGAGACAGAGAGAUACCGUGGCCCGGUAGGUGCAGGACCACUUGUUGUGCGUCAACAGCCCCACAUUACUUGGAAGAAACACCUCACUGACUUGCUGCACAGCCUGCUCAUCGUCCUUGGGAUGCCACUCGUAAGGAAAGCUCCCGCUCUGGUUACGACGAGCCAUAUGGUGCGGGCGCCGUCACUCAAUACGGACGCCGCUCUGACGCAGCCGUCGACUGCCAGACCGAGACCAAUGUCAGCCGUCGCUCCAAGUCUCGCGGAAGGGACCGCGACGACCGAUCCUACUCGCGCUCAGAAUCGCGCUCCCGAAGCCGUUCCAGAGGCAAGGAAGGUUGGCGCGGAAAGCUUGACGAUACCUUCGAUACGACUGCUCGCGGUCUCGGUAUCGGCGUAGCAGGUGCCGUUAUUGGCGGACUUGCUGGCCGAGAGUUUGGCAACAAGCAUCGUCAGCGAGACAUCAUCCUCGGCGCCGUUGUUGGUGGUCUUGGGGCUAACCUCGCCGAGAACAGAUGGCGCGAGUGGAAGGAUGGAAAGGAGCGCGAUGUCGAGAGAGAAGAGGAACGUUGGGAGCAGAAGUAUGACGGGAGAGACUACGGUCGAAGCAGGAGCAACGUCCGAUAA